CAUUUCCAGACGUACAAGAUCCAGCAGCUCAGCUCACCAAGGUGAUAUUCCUCAAAAUCAGGAACAGAAUGAGCCUCAGCCAGCCCCAAUCCAUCGUGUUCGCAGAAAGGCUUUAGCUUGUCGUUUAAAAAGACAACCUCCUGCUCCAGCCGCUCUCUCUGACGACGACUUCAUGGAUGCUCCAUCGUUAAAGCGUCAAUUCAGAUCUGCAUCACCUUCUCCUCCAGAUCAAAUCAGCUCAAAGAAGUUAAAAGUACCUUCUCCUCAAGUUCCGACCGUGAAAAGAAGCCCAAAGUAUAAUAUCAUUGCCAAAAAAAACUCUCCUAAAAAGAAGUCUCCUGUCAAAUCACAGAAAUUGAAUAUCCGAUGCAUUCCCUUGGAUGUUAUUGUAUCAUCAUGGAUAAUGAGCGAUCGGCAGCGUGAUGCCGUCGCUAGGUUGGGAUUUUCUAGCAUAUUUGAUUUGCGAACUGAUGCAUUGGAGAGCAGAUCACUUAUCAGGUGGUUGAUGGACAAAUUAGAUCCAAAUGACAUGACCAUACGCCCAGGGGCUGGCAAAGAACUUAAGAUAACAAAAGAUACGGUUCAUCUCAUUUUGGGGUUGCCAUGUGCCGGAGGAGGUAGAGAGUUUACUGAUUGGUACGGUGAAAUCGAUGCUGCUGCUAAUCUGAGACGUCAUCUCAAUGUCUGUAAAGAAGAAUUUGAUGUUGUCAAGCUUCAAGAUAAGAUAGUGCUUGGCAACGAUGAUGAGCUAUCAAUUAGAUGUUUUUUUCUCAUUCUAUUCAAUCGACUUCUGUUUCCUUCUGCAUCUUGGGGCAUUACAAACAAUGAGGUGCUCAUGACUUCAAACAUGGCCCGAAUGGCUGAUAUUGACUGGUGUCAACUAGUUUACACGGAUUUGUGCGAUGCUGCCGCACGUUGGCAUAAAAGGAACAAAACUAACAUCACAGCAACAAUAUAUGGAUGCUCACUCAUUGUUUUAAUUUACUAUCUUGAUCACCUACAUCACCCUGCUGCUCCGGAUAACAAAUAUGGUACUCCACGCAUUAAGUUUUUUGACAAUGAGACCAUAAGACAGUUGGCUCGGGGUGACAGACGCCCCCCCCCCCCCCGUAAAACUGGUGAACCAUUCGGAUAUGCAGAGUUUUGUAGCCGUUCAGAAACGUGUUACGUCAUUGCUCCAGAACGGCCUGCUUCUGCCGUUUUCAACAUAUAUGUUCCUCGUAUCAAGAAUUUGAUUGGACACAAGUUGCAAUGUUUGCCCUCCCAGCAGCGUCCAAUGUUUCAAUCAUUGUUUGAUGCUCAUGACAAAGAGGUGGAUAAAUACUGUAACUCCCUACAGUCGAGCCAUCAGAUGAUUGUUUCGAAGCAGAUUGAACUCUCUGAAACAUUUGGUGAAAUGAUAGAUGAAGUUUUGAGAGCUGCAACGCAGCGCGAUUCACAGCCACAAGAUAACCCCCCACUACCUCAAUGCCUCCAACAAAUGAUCCUGUAUCCACACCAACUGUUCCAACACCUGAUAAACAACAACAUGAUCAGGAAAGCCAUGUUCCUACUGAUCAUAUCAAAUUAUCAGAUGAUGUAA